GAGAGGUAUAAAUAGAGCUCUGACUUUCUUGCCAUCACUUUCAGUCCUGCUUUGAUGAAGUCACGAAUCUGAAUAAAAAUGUGACAACACUCUUUUCCUCUCCCCAGCCAACUUGAGGAUCUAGCUUUCAUUAAUUAGGUCCCCAUACCUUUAAGGAGACAAAGAUUUGGAAUUAUAUUGACAUAGUAAGUUAUUAACAGUCAAAUGCUGUUGACAAACUCUCAGAUCUCAGAAACCUGAGCAGUGAUGUCAUCGCUCCUGAGUAACAGCUCCUCCCGGUGGAAAGCUGUGGAAACGACAGGAACGUUCCUGAAGAUUCUGAAGCUCCUCCAGUCAGAAAAUAAAAGCUGGGACAGUCCCACUGCUGAGACAGAAAGACACACAACAAGACAUAAGAGAUCCACCUCUCUAGCUCUGUUUCAUCUGACAACAAGAGGACUCAACACUUAGUGAAGAUGCUGUGCUCUCAUGGACUCCAGUCUGCCCUCAGUCCAGUCAUGGACUUUUACUGGCCUGUACGCAGUCUGUGGCCAGGGGUCAGCCCUCUGCUCUACCAGCAGGAACUGCGGCAGAGAAACCAACAUCAGUUCCAGCACAGUCUGGAGCUGAUGGACAAACUUCAACACAGCAUCAUGGAGGAGACAGAGCCCUUUCAGAGCUGUGUGGCUGUGAAACCUGUCUCCUACCAGGAGGAGAAAGAGGGAGAGCACUUUGGCCUGACUCUGGACACUCAGGGCUUCUCCCCAGAGGAGCUGUCUAUCAGGCAGGUGGGCAGGAAGCUGAAAGUCAGCGGGAAGACAGAGAAGAAGAAAGAGGACGGGAAAGGCUGCUCCUCCUACACACUUCAGGAGUUCAGACAGGAGUUUGAUCUGCCUGAAGGCCUGAACCAGGAGGCCGUCAGCUGCUACCUGGAUCCAGAUGGGAAGCUCCACAUUAAGGCGACCAAAGCUUCGUGUGUAGAGGAGGCGGAGAGAGAGCUGACUAUAGAGAGGAGCCUGGAUGAGAAAACACAGCAGAGUGUGUGUUCAUAGCAACAGCACAGAAACACACACCAGCACACCGGACAAAGCUGAGAACAUGGACUCAUUCUAAUGAUGCUCCAACAAAGAAGAGUUAGUGUCUUUUAUUCAAUGAUGUUUGAUUACCACAUGUGCUUUCUUUUGUGUUAUGAAUAGACAAAAAUAUUAAAAG